ACUUCCAAAGCAAACACAAUAUUUGCGAGAUAUACAAAUGCAACAGCAAGUAGAAAUAGAUUCAUAUAAUAUGAAUCAGAAUAAUAUUGAAGAUGAAAUUGUAAAUCCACUUGAAGUUCUAACUGAUUGCAAAACCUAUCAAGAGCAAAAAGAAACUGAAGCCCAAAUUCAUGCUAAAUUAUCAUUACUUGAAACUCAAGUAUAUGUUUCAAGUAAUCUUGAAGUAGAAAGAAGCCUGGUAACUAUUAAUGAAGAUCUUCAGGAUUCUCUAAGUGCUGAGUUGUAG